AUGGAGGAAAGUGUGGAAAAAGGAAGCUGUUCAAUUCGUUUGCUAGCUAGUUCUAAUCAGCAGAACACUACAGAACGUGAGGACAAACCAGAUAGUGUGUUUGAUAGUGGUUCCACUGUGGCCAACUCAGUGCUGCUGAAUACCUCAGUGGCAGAUGGUGGUAAUACAUUUGUACGAUAUGGACCGUUUAUAUUGUGUUUGGCUAGUCCUUGUGCUUUGUCACAGUGUAAGGAAGAGAAGACAAUAUCUGUGGGUAUAGAGAGGGUCACGGUUCGAUUUCCUCCAGCUAACCAAACCACCUACGAAAAAUUUUUAUUUUGCGAAUGGAGAUUUGUUGCCGAAGAACCAGAUAUGCGAAUAGUUUAUCAAAUUUCCAACGUUAGUGUUCCCUGUGAAGAUGUAUUGGAAGUUUAUGCUGGUGACGUUUCAAACAAAGAAGCUGUUUGUUGUAACGAUUGUGCAAAGAGUGGUCCAAUAUCUAAACCAGUUUCUGUAACACCAUCGAAAGAGCUUAGGAUAGAUUUUAAUUCUGAUAGGACAACUCAUGAUUACGAAAAGGGAUUUGAAGUGAAUUUGGUUGCCACCAAGGAUUAUGAAUUUUCAGAAUACUGCCCAGUGGAUCCGAAGCCGAUCCAAAUUACUGAGAAAAAACAGAUUGCAUCUCCAAAAUUUCCAAACUUAUAUGAAUCCAACCUGGACUGCAUAUACGAAUUGACAUCUCCAACUGGCGUUAUUGUUAAAUUCCAAUAUAUUGAUGUUGAAGUACAUAAGGAGUGUAAAAAUUCUUGUUGUGAUAGGAUUGAUAUAUACCAAGGGCCAAAAAUAGAAGGGAAAGAACCCAUAGCUUCAAUAUGUUCUCUACAGAACUUCAAAUAUGACAAGAUUUAUGAGAGUGUGGGGACAACUCUAACCCUUCAUCUGGCCACUGAUCAAGUUGGUCCAUUUCGUGGUUUUGUGGCUACUGUUCAAGCAAAAGAAGGAGAUCCGAUAACUUUACCUACAACAACUACAUUAACAACAACUACAGACCAAUCCAUCGAAGGUCUUGAAACACUGCAAUAUAGUAGAUUCGAAUUACGUUGUAAAAUACCAACGCUGGAAAAUGGUGUCGACAUCUCAUGGACCAAAGAUGGACUUCCUCUUGUUUCCGUUGAUAACAACAGAUAUUAUUUUUUGGAAGACAAUACCCUGGUUGUAUUUACGUCCAUACUACAAGAAGAUAGUGGAGUUUACGUUUGUGAGGCUAAUGAUCCAUUUAUGACAACAUAUAGUGCAAGAAUAGUCGUAAAUGACAGCGAUAUAGACGAAUGUAAAAGCAAUGGAACGAAUGUAUGCCCCAGAAAUUCCGUCUGUGUAAACAGCGUUGGAAGUUAUGACUGUAGGUGUAAGCAAGGCUGGAGAGGACCAUCAUGUGAAAUUGAUGUAGACGAAUGUAACAACAUGCCUUGUAGUAAGAAUGAAAUGUGUGAAAAUAGACCUGGAACUUAUCUGUGUACGUGCAAGAAAGGCUGGAGAGGGUUUAACUGUACAGUAGAUAUUGAUGAGUGCCAGGUAAACAGAUCAAUAUGUGGUCAAAAUGGAGUUUGUAUCAAUGACAAAGGUAGUUACUCUUGUAAAUGUAAGACUGGUUGGACGGGGUCCGACUGUAACACAGAUAUAAAUGAGUGUUUAAACAUCACGUCAUCAUGUUCGGGAAAUGGUCGCUGUCUGAACACUCAAGGCAGUUUUAAAUGUUUGUGCAAUUCUGGAUGGGAGGGACCCAGGUGCUCUGUGAAAGUGCAACUCUCCUGCAUUCAAAUACCUUGUAAAAAUAAUGGAUCUUGUAUUCGAAUCGCCACAACUGAGAAGUACCAAUGCAUUUGUUCCGAAGGAUUCGAAGGUGCCUUCUGCGAUAAAGAUAUUAAUGAGUGUUUAAACAUCACAUCAUCAUGUUCGGGGAAUGGCCGCUGUCUCAACACUCAAGGCAGUUUUAAAUGUUUGUGUAAUUCUGGAUGGGAGGGACCCAAGUGCUCUGUGAAAGUUCAACCCUCCUGCAUUCAGAUACCUUGUAAAAACAAUGGAUCUUGUAUACGAAACACCACAACUGGGAAGUACCAAUGCAUUUGUUCCGAAGGAUUCGAAGGUGCCUUCUGCGAUAAAGAUAUUAAUGAGUGUUUAAACACCACAUCAUCAUGUUCGAGGAAUGGUCGUUGCCUGAACACUCAAGGCAGUUUUAAAUGUUUGUGCAAUUCUGGAUGGGAGGGACCCAGGUGCUCUGUGAAAGUACCACUUUCCUGCAUUCAGAUACCUUGUAAAAAUAAUGGAUCUUGUAUACGAAACACCACAACUGGGAAGUACCAAUGCAUUUGUUCCGAAGGAUUUGAAGGUGCCUUCUGUGAUAAAGAUAUCAAUGAAUGUUCGACUAAAUGGAGUCCCUGUUCUGGGAGAGGGUCAUGUGUCAACUCAUUUGGAUCUUACUUUUGCAAUUGUUAUGGAGAUUGGGAAGGGCUCAGAUGCGAGAAAAGAAUUGAUCCUUGUUUGUCCAAUCCUUGUCCAAAGAAUUCAGUGUGUGAAACAAAAGACAGUUCUUAUCAAUGCACCUGCAUAAUUGGAUGGGAGGGGCCAAACUGUGAUCAAGAGGUGAAGAGAGCGACAGGUCCAUGUGCAGACAUGUGCAAAGGUGAGGAGUCCUGCUAUUUAGAACACGACUGUACCCAUUACAAGCACUGCUAUGCUAGGAAUUUUGCUUGUCACUGUACAUUGAUGAAGUGUGCAUUUGGAACGUUUUGGAGUUCUUCCCUCAAUACAUGCGACAAAGUGUCUAACGUACUUUGUAAAUCGGAUCCAUGCCUUAGCCUCCCUGUUGAUUCAACUUAUCCUAGCGAAUUUAAUUGCCGUACAUUCUACGUAUGCAACAGAAACAUGCAGUCAAUAGCAAUGUGCUGUGAUUGGGGGUAUGCAUAUGACCCAGAAGUUAAGAACUGUACGAGAAGCAGAUACUGUAACUUAGAAUGUUCUACCCAGAAUGUUCCAACAACAGUGGAGACAACACCCUCAUGGGUUACUUCAGACAGUAAAGGAUUUUGUGAACUUCUCCCUGUCAGAGGAGAUCCCAGUAAAUUUAUCCACAGUGGGAUAAUACGAGAUUGUGCAAAGGGCACGAUUUUCCAAUCUUCUAUCUGUGGUUGUGGAAGUGACAAGGAUUUUAUACAAUCGCGGUGUUCAUCGUUAGUUUAUUUGGAUUUUCAAGGGGAUAAAAUACAAGAUGUUUAUCAUCAAAGCUACGUCGAAGUAAAAAAUGUUAUGCGCAUGAAUUUUAGUGAACCAAAGGACGUUUAUGCAUUUUUCAACGGAAGAUCAUCAAGUAUACGAAUUCCUCGCUUCAAUGCAGUUGCACUUCGCCUUCUUACAAUACAAAUCAGAUUUUACGCUCUGCCAUCUGGACCAAGAUAUCAGGUGUUGGUAUCUAAUUGCCGUUCUUCAGCGAAACCUACAGGAAUUAUAGAACUCCAAAAUCAGACUCCUUCCGUAGCGAUCGUGGCUGACACCAAGGAUGAACAUCUUACACUACUGGGAUAUAGUGAGGAUUGGAGAGUUAGGCCUGCCAUACUAACGUUAUCUUAUAAGGUCCAAACUUGGAUGAAUGUAGAAUUAUUAUAUGACGGCAGAAGUCUGGCAGGGCGAGUGACGUCAUUUAAUUCAGAUGGUUCAAUUUCGUUUGAAAGUAGAGACAAAACUGUUUUAUCAGGAAGUAUUGUAGCUCCAGAUGGCCCACUUAGUAUAGGCAUGUGCAAGGAAAAUCAAGAUGCUUUCUAUGGAUAUAUGGACAUGGUUCAAGUAUUUGACUGCAAUCCAUGAUCUCAACUUGAAGAAUUCCAAAACGUCCACUGAUUAUUUAUCUGUGUGUUACUUGUUAUUGUUCUAUUUGUAAUGUAUUUGAGUAACAAUUAAUUUUCAUCCAAAAUCUUCAAUAUUUCCAUUAAUAAUACAUGUAUAACAUGUAUGAUAUUUGUAAAUACUCUUACUAUGUAUUACUAUGAAUAAUCCAAAUAUUAUUUAUUUUUAGUCGAAGCUUACCUGAGGUAAAAGUUCAAUGAGCUUUUCUGACUGAAGACUGUCCGUCGUCUGUUUUUCAUGUGUAAUCUAUAAAUUUAAUACAUUUUAAGUGUCUAACAACUUUUUAAAAUCACUUGGUCAGUUUGCCACAA